AGGACACAGACAGAUAUUAUGUUAAUUAGAUCGCCAUCUUUAAUACCGGUUUGAUACUAUUGCAGUGCGUCGUAUUUUGGCUCUAGCUUUUUAUCGUCGUUCAUUAUUAUAGUUAUUUGCUUGCUGUUGAUACCAUACAAGACCUUAAUCAGGUUCACGAGAAAAGAAGCCGAGAAGGUUGGGAAAUAUUUCUUGUAAAGCAGCAAGACACCUGGCAGUGCUAACAAAGAGUAAAAGCCAUUAUAAAGAUUUGGUUCUCCCUGGGGCUCUAGUCUGCACUGGUGGAUGGUCAUUCUUCCAAGCAUGGUGACUGCACCAGAUUUUAAAUAUGAAUCGAGGUGGAGUCAGUCAAUGGUCAGGUGGCAAAGAAAUGUCAGGCUUUGAUUACAAUUCAAAUUAUGGCAAUCACUGGAAUUCUGGAGCAACAGCCUGGGAUGGUAUGGGAAGCAGCAAUCUUAUCAACAGCAGCAGUAACAGCAACAACUUUUCUACUAGCUAUGGAGCUGGAUUAUCUAGCAAUGUUAGUGGUUACAAACGUCAGUGGCAGUCAGCUAGCCCAGGAGAAGAGAAAAAAAGUAACAAAAUGAUUAAAUUGAAUCAGUCAUAUGGUAGUCAAGGAGAUCAAUACGGUAGUGUCGAUGCAAUGUAUUCCAAUCAAUCUGGUCAAUACAAUACAAACUGGAAUGACUCAAAGAGGAAAAGUGCUACUUCAAAUUGGGGAUCAGUGGCACCAUAUAAUAAUAGUAACAGCAACAGCCAUUGGCAGGGGAAAUCUCCACAAAAGGGUAUGAAAAACUUUGGAUAUCAAGCAGGAUAUCAGGGUAACGAGUAUUGCUGGGAUUACUCUGCUGAACAAUAUGUUGAUGAAUCAGACUUUGGUGAAUUUGCCACUGGUUAUUUUGAUAACCAAGGAACAAUUGAUGAUUAUUAUGUUGGUGAUCAAGCUUAUCAGUAUGAUCAAAAACAGCGUGGCGGUAAAUUUGGUGGCCGAGGGCAACGUGGUUCUGCCUCCAACCGUGGUGGACGUAUUGGAAACCAACCAAUUUGGGGCCAAUGGCUUACUGAUGAGAACUCUUUGACAUUUGGCAGUGCUGGGUCUAGUCCUUAUGGAAGAGGCCGACGUGGUGCAGGAAGAGGUGGUGGUGGUGUUGGAUCUGAAAUUAACCGCAUCAGAGAUGCUAUCCGAACUGUUCAAGGUUACAGCGACAUUGAUCUAAGUUUCUUACUUGAUACAUCUGAUACCUUCAGACAAGGGAAUCAAUAUAAAGGGAAGUCUGGCAGAGGAGCUGGUAUUGAUGCAAAGAGAGGUGUUGGUUCACGAGGAAAACUACAGCGUGGAGGUUUGGCAAAUUUUGGUGAUCGAGGUUCAUUGAAAGCUGGUCUACGAAAUCUCCAGGCUGCUGCAAAAGGAUUAUCUCAAGGAGUCAAAGGAAAAAAUGCAAAAGCUUCCCCUUUGCAAGGAGUUAAUUUACCUGCCGAUACGUCAAAAAUGACAAUAUCUGAAAAAAUAAAAUACUUUACCCUCUGGCUCAAGCGUGAUUACCCAAAAUGCAAUGCUAUUCAAACAAUUGAAAAUGCUUUGACUAGCUGCAAACUUAAAUUAGAUCAUUCUUAUGAUGUUGAAGAGUUGGUGCGCAUUGGUGGCCGAUCUAUGUACACUGCCAAACUAACAGUUGAAGGUAAAUUCAUGGCUAGAGCUGUAGCUGCUAGUAAAAAAGAGUUAAAACAUGAAGUUUAUAAAAAGGCUGUUGAGGUUCUGACAAAGCAGUCUGUUGCGUCCAUUGUAAAACAGAAAGAUCCAGGUCCAGAAAAAAUGAGAGCAGAACUGACUAAUUCUCUUACUAAGAAUAAAACUGAACCUUCCUGGGAAAAAGUGGUAGAUAUUUGUAAAGAAAAAGGUCUGAGUUGUGCUCCAGAAAAAACAUUUCAUGGCAAUGAAAAACAAGUGGGUUUCCAACAGUUAAUUGCACAGCUCAAAGCUACCAAUCCUCAACCUGACAAUGAAAUUUCUGCCUUCAUCCAAGCCUUCUCUGCUUCACAUUGCACUUUAGAACAUACUUACACUCCAUCAGAUUCCAGAUUAGCUAAUGGCAAAGCUGUAUUUUAUGGCACAGUGACCAUUGGAAAUGUGGUGGUUGGACGAGGUAUGGGUUGUAAGAAGAAGGAUGCUAAACAUGAAGCCUAUAAACAAGCUAUUGAAUUCAUAAAAAAGAAUACUCUUGAAGUUGUAAUGAAGGGCAAUAAAAAACAGCCUGUGGAACAUUCUGGUUUCAACAUAUCUAGUACUGAGGUGAAAUCUCCAAAAACAACUGGAGAAACAGCCACUUUCACUGAUUUAUCAUCUAAGCUGGAAGCAUUAAUUAAAUUAAUCAAAGAGUCAGCACAUAGAGCAAAUACAGUUAAUGCUGUUGAUACAAUGGCUGUCCAGUGUUGUUUGUCACCAACUUGCCUUUAUCGUAAAGUUGAAGGUGACAUGCAGAAACGGACGCUAGCUUGUGAACUCUAUUUGGACAAUCUUCUAAUAGCAAAGGGUGAAGGUGACACCAGAAAGGAUGCCCAAAUUGGUGCCUAUACAAAUGCAUGGGAGGUUCUUAGUACCAGUACACCCAACUAUCUGAUCAGUGAGCAUCAUAAUCUCACCAUGAAAGAUAAACUUGAUCCAAUGGUAAUUGACAUAGUUGUGAAGGGAUUUGGAAAAUAUGGUGAAUCUAAUUUGCCAAGACUUCGCAGGCUCAGAAUUCAAAGUCCAGAAAAUUCCAAAUCUAUUGAGGAUUUAGUAAUUAUGGAACAUGAAGACUGGAAAUAUGAUCGGCAGCGACAUGCUUUCUGUAUUCUCAACAAUAGUUCUACAAUGUGUGGCAUGUUAAUGGAAUGGGAAAUAGAACCACAAGGAGAUGUUUUCAAAUGUAAGAUGCUUAUCCAGAAGAAACUAAUAGCUGAGGCCUCAGCAUCUUCAAAGAACAAUGCUCGUAACACUGCUGCUGCAAUUGCUUUGAUGAAACUCUAUCAAACUCAAGAUGUUAUCAGAAUUGUGAGGAGAGAUGACUCAAGUCGCUGGAUUCCCUAUGAACAGAUUGUUGAACAAGGAAAAGUGUUGGAAAACAAAUGUUCUGGAAAUAUUGACCUUCUUGGAGGGUUGCCUAUUUUUGAAAAUCUGCCUGAUAACAAAGAUGGGAAAGAACGUGAGAAAAAUGCUGAUAGUGAUGGUUUGAACAAAUUUGCUGUCAAAUACAUGGAACAGUUAAUGAAUGAGUAUGUGGAAAAGGACACUCUGGAUGAUCUCAUUUUUGGUCCUGGCAUCACCUCACUUGAAAGGAAAGUAGUCACAAAUAUUGCUUUCAACUUACAUCUGAAAAUGGAUGUCAGGCAACAUGAAGGCAAGAAUUACCUGUGCAUCUCUAAAAAACUUUCUCCAGAAGAAAUAAGUUAUUUCCUCAAAGUGCACAACACUGGGCAUGGCAAAUAUGUUUUGGUGCCCAAAGUGGAAUUACCUGGUUCAAUGGAGACAUCUUUCAGCGACAAUUCCUCCACAACCAAAACCUCAGAAAUAUCUAAUUUGCAAGGAAAGAAAGAUUUUACUAUGGAUGUCAGUGUGAAUUAGUGUGUUUUAGUUUUCUGACUCUUUCCACCAAUCUCCUACUCUAAUCUAAGUAUAUAACUAUCUGCCAUUAAGUCAUCAUUUUUAAUCCACCACUUUGCUAUUCAUAUUUCCACUUCAAAAAGUAAAAAAAAUGGUUUUAAAAAUUUUAUAUAAAAAUGUAUAUCAUAUACUUAUCUAACUUUCUUUGUAUAGUAACAAUAAGGCUUUGCAAUUAGUUUUAAACUCAAAUCACUAACUAUUCCAUUAUUCCCCCCACUCCCUCUUCCUACUUUUUGAAGAACAAUCUAAAAUUGUUUUUCUAUUUAAUGACAAAAAGAUGUGAUGCUCAUUUUUUUAUAUUUUGCAACCUUAUGGAUAUUGGGAUAUUUUAAAAUGUUUUUCAACCGUAGUAUUUGUGCAAGCAACCCUUUCUCUUAUAUAUAUAUAUAUAUAUAUAUAUACACACACACACACACACACACACACACACACACACACACACACACACACACGAAUGACUUCACUAUACAGAUGAUGGAUUUAGUAUCAUCUGCUAAUUUGAUGGACUUCUUUAUCAAAUGCAGACUAAGUGAAGGUUUGCUAAUGUUGCUUUUCUGAUUGGUCACAUUUUUGCCUCACAGAUCACAAAUAUUUGGUUGAUAAGAGUUGCCAAUUUCAUGCUUCUUUUUAUAUUAGACAAAUUAUUACAUACUAUUUUCUAUGCGAUAGCUCAUUUAAAUUUUCUGCUUUCCUCUUUCCCUAUUUUACUAAAAUUUAUUUUCUAAAAUACGAAAGACAAUGUAUUGAUUGUAUUUCCAUUCCAAACUCUAAAAUAUUUUAUCCAUCAAUUUAACAUUAUCUCGGUUUUGAGCUGGCAAUAUAUUUUCUUAGUUUCUUUGCUGUUUUUACCUGUUUUGAUAAGUGGUUUGGGUUUACUGCUUCUUCAUUUAACUUCAGGUAUUCAUUUUUGGCACAUUUGAAAUAUGUACCCUUAUCCUCAUUUAUUUUGAUAUAAUGAUCAUAUUUCUGUUCUGUAAGAUAAAACAGUGUAUCAGUGAUAUAAUUGAAUUCACUCAAUAAUUCCAACUAAAACUGGUCUAGUAUACUAUCAUUAAUGAAGGACUUUACCCUAUGAUACUGCCUAGUAUUGCCAUUGACAGUUAAUAGUAUCCUUAAGAAACAAAGCAGACAUCAGAAAAAGAAGCUGGGCAAUUUUUGUUAUUAAUUCCGCUUUGAGAAAUUAUUAACAGAAUCUAGUUUUAUUUUAUAAUUAUAGAAUUAUAAAGCCUGUUUGAUAAAAUUGAUUGGAAUAAAUUGCUUAAAUGUUUGUUCUGAAAAUGUACAUUUAAAGCAGUUUCUUUUAAUUUUUUUUUUACUGAAGGCUAAAUAUUUCGGAAAGCUGACAUCUGGAUACAAUUUCUGUUAUAAAACUACUUUUCUAGGAUGUACAAUUAGAGGAAUUUUUGUUUAUAAAAUGUCUCUUGGCACUGACAUUGAAUGUGAGCUACUUGUUGUAGAGUUGGCUUCACUUGUUGGUAUUUAGAGAUUUCUAUUAUACUAUUGACUAGUUAGUUUGUUCCUUAUGUAUCUAGUAGUCUUUUUAUCUUUAGAAUUUUGGAGAUGAUUUACUAUAGCAAGUUGAUCACAGAUGUCAGACGACACCCUUUGUGCUACCAUCUUAAAUCUUUUCGGAGUGUUUUUUACUCAUAAAAAAAUAUAAAAUACAGAAAACACAGUAGUGCAAGGGGCAUGUAUUUAUUCAGAUAUUAUCCAUUUUGUUUUUCUAUCUGUAAACUGAUUAAAAUAUCUUUGUUGAAUUUUGAGUGAACUUCUUUUUCCUUUAAGAUACAGUGUUAAAAAAUUGUUCCCUUUUUAUAAUAGGCAUUGAUUUUGGCUGUAUGAUAAAAAAAAUUUUUUUAUUGUUGGGAAGUAAGUUUGGACUUACGAAGCAUAAAUUGGCUACUCCACUAAAUAAUGGAAAUCGUAGUUUUUAAUAUACUUCUCCCAUUCCUUAUCAUUUGCUUUAAUUGAAUUUUUUUACACUCACAUCAAAAAUAAUCUCAAAACAUUUGUAAUCUAUUCUAUUUCUAGUCCAGUUGUUCAACAUUUUGUUAAUUUUGUUUUCUCUUUAAUAUGUCCCUCUUCCUACACCCACUUUUUAAAUAAUUCCUAUAAUGAUUGGGUGUGGUUGAGGGCUUCCUCUAGUGUAACCACAUUAUGGUUGCUAUUAGUAAUAUUUUGUAUAAAGUUUUAAGACAACAGAAAAUUUGUGCUGCUUAAAACAUUGAAAGCUUCUUAUUGUCUUGACUUUUUUCAUACCAUUGUCAUUAUUAAUUGGAAGGAGAUUUAUCCUUGUGAAAUGAUUAAAUAAUUUUUUUUUUUUUGUUUGUAGAAUAUGCCAAAUUAAUGUAGUAUUCUACUUGAUGACAUUGUGAUUAUAUGAUAAUUUUUUCUUUGGUAAUGCUUACCACUUUGCUUGCAGAUGUUUACUACUGAUUUCAAAUUUGUAUGUUGAUUAUGAAUCACUGUAAUAUCUAUAGCAGAGAUUUGGCCUGAAGAAACCAGCUUAGUUUUUGUUUAAUUGAGGCAAUGAACUGUUCCUUUUAGUUCUCGUUAAUGAUUUUAGUUAUGCAUUAUGGUUGAUUGUAUAGUCACUGGUGUCUUAUAUAUUAGAAAACUGAAAUUAGAAACAUUUGUGUUUUGGUUAAAAAAGAAGAAGAAAAAAACAAAAAAAAAAUAACAAAAUUCUCCAGGUAAACAUUUGAAAAUGUUAGAAGCAUUUUGCCAAUAUUUUGCAAACUGGCAAAUUCAAUUCUUUGAUCGGUUCUUUUUUUUAAUAAAGAUAUUUGAAAGUAUCA